CCCUGCCCUGCCCGCCCCGCGGACUGUCCGCGCUCCCCACUCCAUCGGCAGGCCGGCGGUGAGGGGCGGGCUCCCGGCGCCGCCAGCAGCUCCUCCCUCCUCCCGGCCCGGGAGCCCCCGGCGGGGUGACAGCCCUGCCGAGCGCAGCCGCCCCGGCCGGGGCUGCGGAGGCAGCGCCGCUCCCCCUCGGCCCGCUCGCUGCCGGGACCAGCGGGGCGGGAGCCGCCGCCCCCGUGCCCGCCAUGUGGAAGCUCAACAAGAGCAGCAAAGUUCUGCUGGACGACUCGCCCGAGGAGGAGGAGACGCAUCCCCGCGGGCCGCCGCCAGCCGCCGCCGCCGCCUUCGCGGCCCCCCAGAAUAAAGACCAGUUUCUUCAUGAUGAAGUGUCAUCUUCAGUGUCACAUCUUGCAAUAAAGGUUCAAGGUGCAAGUUUCCGGGGUUGGAAGGAAGUGACAUCUAUGUUCAAUAAAGAUGAUGAACAGCAAUUGCUAGCAGGAUGCAAGUCUCCAAAAUCCAAAGGAACAAAUCUAAAGUUAAAGGAAGAGAUGAAGUCUGAAAAGAAGCCAGGUUUUUGGGACAGUUUGGUGAUAAAGCAGAAUGUUCCACCUAGGAAACCAGAUGAGAUUGAGGGAUGGGAACCACCGCAGAUCAGCACUGCUGACUCUACCAGCAAUGCAGCAACUCCUUUAAGUGACUAUGCAGCCUGGUCAGGCUGGGAAGAUGAAACCAAAGGCUCCACAAAAUACACAAACCUGGCCAGCUCAGGAAACAGUUCCCGGUGGAGUAUCAAAUCAGCUGGAAAGCUGGUUAGUAUUAGACGUCAAAGCAAAGGUAACCUUACUGACAACUGGGAAGAGUUAGAAUGAUACUGGUAAUGUGAAAUACUUCAUAGAUAAGAAGAGAAAGAUUCCAUGAUUUACUCAUAUGUUUAAACCAAAAUCAAAUCUGCUCGAUCUUGCACCUUUAUACAGUACUUUGUUUUAUUCAGAUUGUUACAAAUUUUUGCUCACCUGAUAGUAAAUUUUCUUAUUACAUUGUUAAAUAGCUAUGUUUUCCACACUGAAAAAAAAGUAGAGAAUCUAUUUUGUGCCUAUAUUUCACAUUCAGACUUUGCAGUAUGUUGGAUUGUUGGUUUUACCAAAAAAAAAAGUAAUUCCUUAGUGAAUGUAUACACUGGUUGUAAAUUUGACUGCCUUAUGUAGGAAGUUCCACUAGCUCAAGUCCUGUUUCUUUUCUGAUGUUUGAAGGUCACUCAAAAUUUUAGUUUUGAUGCUGUCCCUUUUUAACCAAGAAUACUGAUCUGUCACUUGCAGGGAGAAUGCUUGUACUUAGUAGACUGUUUCCAAAUCUUCAGCCUCAGCAUAUACUUCAGCUUGUGCACACAAGAUGCUUACUGUCACAAUGUGCUAUACUGUGUAUGAAGUGGGAAAAUACUAUUCUAAUGUAAUUCCUUCCAUUAGAAGAUUGUCACCAAUAGUCAGGUCAAAUGGGUCUUCCAGAAUUUGGGGGGGGGGGGGGUUUUGAUGGGUUUUUUUCCUGUUUGUUUGGGGGGGGAUGGAGCAUUUGGGUUUUUUUCUGGUUUGUUUGUUUUUGGGUUUU